AUGGAAGCAGCAAUUCUUGCGAGAUGGCCAAUAUCCCUAAAUCGCAGAGCAGUGGGGAUUAAUGUGGGGGAUGAGUUUGAUUUUCGUUUUGCAGAAGAGGGAGAUAAAUCGGAGAGAUACGACUCUAGGCCAGACAAUACAUGGGCCUCAGUGGCAAACUCCUACGAUGUCGUCGACAACAGCGUAGAUGGUGGCAGAAUCCGCGAGGAAGUCGGAGUGGAGCAAAAAGGAGAUGUCGUCGAGGGAGCCGCCGCUCGAGCACUCUCCGGCAGUCUUAAGGAUCUCGAUGCUGAGAGCUGCGAGGACGUGGUGCGAGAAAUGGGGAAGGAGGAAGACUGUCGCCGCCACCUGACAGCUGGAGUUUUACGGAGGCAAGACGACGUCGAGGGUCGAGCGGUUUUCAGGCGAGGUGCGCGGCAAAGGGGCUGGAGAGGGGCCUGCUCGCGGGGCGGUGGGAAGAUGGGUUCUUGGCGGACUGAGCGGUUCAGGGUGGCGGCGGUCAUGUGCCUGUGCAAUGCAGAUCAAGUAGUUAUGUCGAUCGCCAUUGUCCCCCUCCGGGUAGUCAGAGCUCAUUUUUCUCAUUAUCCAAAGGCGGCGGUGGAGGCCGCUGGCGGCUCCGGUGCCAUAGUCGAGCACAUCUCCGACGCCAUAAAGAAGCCGACACGUCGAGCCUCCGCCCAAUCCUCGCCGGGAACCAUGGCCGGGGCUCUGAAUCUCGGUCGCACUCCACUUUUCCGGCCAGUCCCAAUCCGCAGAGCAUCAGUAAGCAACAGAGCGUGUUUCGUUAAGGCGUCCGCAAAUGCUUCAGAAACCCCCAAUUUGACCACGAUAUCGGCGCCGCCCAACUUCAAGGCUCCAAAGCCCAAGCCCUUCUCGGUCCGGCCUGACAAGGUUCUCGACAUUUUGGGAGCUUCUCUUGCCUUGCUCUUUCGCCUCACCUCCAGUGUGCUUGUCUCGGGAUAUUCUGUGACGGUCGUGCCCGAAAAUGAUGUUCCGUCUGACCAGUAUGCUUUGGGAUUCGCUGGUUUUAAGUUGAAAGAGACUUCAAAGGUAGGUCCUCGCCCUGAGAAGCCAAUUGAGAUAUAUGAGUUUGAAAGGUACACGUGUUUUUGGAAAAAGAAAAGUUUGGAAGUUCGGGAAAUUGUCUCCAUUCUGGAUCUUGAUGUCUUGUACUAUCCUUGCCCGAGAAAUGGCCCCAAUUUUCGAUUAAAGGUUUCUCAAAUGGGAGGAAAACAACAGUUCCCUUACAUGGUGGAUCCAAACACAGGAGUUUCUAUGUACGAAUCAGAUGACAUAAUAAAGUAUUUGGUCAAGAAUUAUGGUGAUGGCAAAGUUCCCCUCCUGCUUUCUCUUGGUCUUUUAACUACUUUAACGGAGGGACUUGCCAUGAUUGGUCGAAUGGGGAAGGGUUCGUUCUAUACUGCAUCUAAAUUGCCUCCUAAGCCUCUCGAAAUUUGGGCUUAUGAGGCUUCACCAUUUUGCAAAGUCGUCCGCGAAGUACUUGUGGAGUUAGAGCUACCACACAUACUCCACAGUUGUGCACGAGGGAGCGCUAAAAGGAAUGUACUCUAUGAAAGAGUCGGCCAUUUUCAGGUUCCUUAUUUAGAAGAUCCAAACACCGGGGUUCAAAUGUUUGAGAGUGCAGAUAUCAUUGAAUAUCUACGGGCAACUUAUGCUCUUUGA